AUGCCCUCUCUCAAAGCCCUCUCCCUCUACCUGCUGAGCACCGUCGGCGGUGCGCUGGCUGCCACUACAAUCCCUGAGACCGACUACGAUGCCAUCGUCAUCGGCGGUGGUCCUGCCGGGCUGAGUGUCACCAGCGGCCUGUCUCGCGUGCGUCGACGCACUCUGAUGCUGGACUCGGGCGUCUACCGCAACGACCCGACCAGGCACAUGCACGAUGUGAUCGGAAACGAUGGAACCGUGCCCGCCGUAUUCAGAUAUCUUGCGCGCCAGCAAAUCUCGCGAUACAACGCGACCACGUCCAUGAAGAAUGCCACCGUGACGUCUGUGGAAUCGAUAAACAACGGCUCGUACUACAAGGCCACCGACUCUGAGGGUCUGGAAUACACGGCGCGUCGGAUUGUCCUUGGUACUGGAAUGAAGGAUAUUCUGCCCGACACUCCCGGAGUCAAAGAGGGCUGGGGUACAGGCAUCUACUGGUGUCCGUGGUGCGACGGCUACGAGCACCGAGACCAGGCCUUUGGCAUCUUGGGUGGCUUGAGUGACGUGGUCGGCAGUGUGAUUGAGAUCUGGCAGCUCAACCAGGACAUUGUCGCCUUUGUCAACGGCACCAACACUCCCGAGCAGCAAAAGGCCUUGGCCAACAAGUACCCCAACUGGGAGGCCCAGCUGGAAGCUUACAAUGUGACCCUGAACAACGAAACCAUAGUCUCGAUCGACCGCCUCCAGGACGGCAGUGAUAAUAACGACCCUGCCGAAGACCGUGAAUUCGACCUGUUCCGAGUCAAUCUCGCCGACGGGACGAGCAUCGAGCGUGGCGCGUUUAUCACAAACUUCCCAGACGCGCAGUAUUCCGAUAUUGCUCAGAAUCUGCACCUGAACAUGACCGGCACCAAGAUCCAGGUCGCGGCCAACAUGAAGACGAAUGACACGGGUAUCUAUGCUAUUGGAGAUGCCAACAGCGACGGGGCUACCAAUGUUCCGCACGCCAUGUUUAGCGGCAAACGUGCUGCUGUUUAUAUUCAUGUUGAACUCGGUCGGCAGGAGUCCCUAGCUGCGAUCGGCAAGCGUGAAUUGUCCCAUAGAGAGUUGGAGAAGGAGGCUAGAAGGAUGAUUGGCAACGACUUGGACGAUCUGUGGAAGAGGGCACGGGAGAUGAAGUAA